UGAUUCGGUGUACAGUACCCUCUGUCAUUCUGUGCUGGCAUGGUGCUUGUGCAACUGGGACUGCAUUUUUCGCUGAAGAGGCACAUCGAUAAUAGCGCAGGCAGCUCUCUUCUUUCUGUCUUUCCCACUCUCUCCAUCCCCCUCUUCUGUCUCUGAAGCACUGUGGUGAGCAGGCCCAAACUCCUCGAACCUCCACAGUGUCAGGUCGCCUCUCCUCCACAUAAUGAAUGUGCUGUGUGUGAACCAGUCCGACAGGAUGAGCCGCCAGGUAGAGAGCAAAAUGGUGGCGCACCUGCAACAUUUAUGCAUAGCAACUUAAUGAUAGCUAACUGAAUGAUUACUAGGAAAAUUAAAGGCAUGUUUUUUUUAGUUAAAAAUAUGCUUAACAGUUCAAAUGGCUAAUUGCAUGUAAAUUAGAUUUUAAUGAAUAAGUGUGAGGGAAAUAUUUUUUAAAAAAUUGAAACAUUCAAAAUAAUACAGCAAUUAACAAGUUUUUCCAGAGGACAAAAUUAGAUAAGCCUCAACAUGUAUCACACUUUUAUAGUAGUCUGCCUGCAUUUUUUUUUAAUUAAAAGGGGUGUAGGUUACAAGGAUGUUAUGAAGCUUAUAUCCUGAUGGAUUUUAGUCUGGAUGCAGCUUCAGGGAGAAAAAUGUAAUUUAAGACAAUUACACAUGCCUUAUUUAUUAGAAAUAUGAUUGUAUUUGUAACUUGAUGAUGUCUUUUUUUAUAUUAUAGCAAGAAUUUAGAAAACCAAUAAGAUGAAAAUUUUCUGUUCUGGUCAAGGUGUACUGUAUUUUCUCACAGACACACCGACAAAUUUCCACUGUGUGUGGGUGGUGGAGAGGGAGAAAAGCAUAGGAGAGAGGUGGCCUGCUCACCUGGCUUGAGUGGCUCUUUUGCUCCUGCGCUAUUAUUAGUGGAGGAGAGCUGAGGGCCGCGCUGCAGCAUCACACAGUUCUUUACAAAACUGUGGAAAAACGGCCACAACAGAAGUGCCGUCAGCUGUCACGUAGUCAUUAAUCAGAAUUCUCAAAAUAGUCUUUUUGGCAAAUACGAGCUUUAAAAGAAGGUAAUUUUUUCUCCGCAAACACAAUGAUUUGUUAUCUAUUAAAGCUGAUCAUCCUAAAGACUUGAAUUUUAGUGGAUUUUAGAAGGGUUGUGGCAUCAGAGGUUCAUAAUAAAAACAAAAAUGGUAUGAUUCCAGUUUAAACGUAAAAAGUCACCCUGUAACUUCAAAAGGCCAUUAGAAGAGGAGGAAUGUUAUCUUCACGCUCUAAGUCUCAUAAUAUGCCACCAGAUAUGGCUAACAGUACAUCUUAAUAGGUAUCUGAAAUGUGAAAGUAUGCCAUUAGGUUCAAAGAUCAAUCCCUGCCUCAAGUACAAACCUCUGAAGCGGUGGGAUUUGUGGCAGUUGUCCACAAGUGUUACAUCUUAGAACUGUUGGUGAAUGCUUCAGCCCAGCUUCUCGGUGCCCCUCCCUUGCCACUUAUUGUGUGUGAUCUAUAGGCAGCUAGAGGUCUGUGGUACUUUAUUGGGAUCUUUUUUCUCUUCCUGUCUUUCCCCUUUGGUCUUUUUUCUAUUUCUCUCUAACACUGUUUUUGCAUUGCAUGUGUUAACUUGGUAGCAUUCAGUACUAUUUCCUCACAACACUCUGUCCUAAUCACCACUACAAUUUUUCUCCCAGACUCAUUCCUCCCACGUCUCUUACCCCUCCCAGUCCUUUAAACCCACCAUCCUCCUCCCUCCUCUUACCUGACCCAGUGCCAGAGCGAUAUGCAGUGGGCAGCCUCAGAGCCACAGAAACCACACAUACGCACCAGAAAUCUAAGAAAUGCACAUAUACAGGUUUAUACAGGUCUCAGGAAGACUAUUUAUGUUUUUUUAUGCCAAUAAUUAUCUAUAACACAUUUUCUGAGGCCUCCCAGGACUUUUUAUGUAUUAUUGUAUCAGCUGUUAGCCUUUGCAUUACAGUCCUACAGUAUUUGGCACAGCUGUUUCUCUCUGUGAACUGUUAAACUUUUCUCACCUAUCGGGUGGUAAGACAACCACAAGGAAAAGGUCAAACCCAGCCCUGUGUUUUUUUUUCUUGUUUUUUUUUUACAUCAUCACAGGCUUUACAUUUAGCACCAGAUUUAACCUUGUGAACAGAAUGAAUGAUGGUCAAGGUCAUUGCUGAGACCCUCCAAGUGAUUUCGGUUUUUAUGUUAGCAGUGUAGUAAGACUAGACGUAAAACAAAACAACUACUGGAAAAACAUAACAAGACAACAAACAGUCUGAUCACCUCACUUAACUACGCUUUGCUAAAAUUCCAGUCCUUGAAAUGGGGCUUCAGAAUUUUGAGGUAAGUAUGUAUUUUUAAAUUAUUAUUUUUAAAAUUUCACUAAUUAAUCUCUGCUUUUGUGUGAUUUUCCCCGUCACUUUCUUAAUGAAAUCUUUAAAUCCUUCACAUUGAUCUGACACCUCUACACUUGCAUCCAUUCAUGGCCCAAAGGGCCAUAUGUUUUUGUCAUUUGCUUCUCGGUACACCUAGGCAGUUUUCUUUUAGUCACACAUGCACCAAACACAAGGGAGCUGCUAAAACUUCUGAGGAGCAGCAGAAAGCAAAGCUGUCCACCACAAGCAGCUCACAUUUUGCAAGCUAGAACCCCAAUGUGUCUGUCUCAGCCUUUAAUUUCUCAAACAUGAAAUAUUUCUGAUCUGUUGUCUGAGAAAAAUGACAAAAUAUGUGGUUUUGUUAAGUUUAUGUAGAGACGCUCGGGGGAUAUGUUUGCCUGUUGUAUGUUACAUCCUCUCUAGUAAUCUGAGCUAGAGCAAUUUUACAUUCCCAGACAGGGACUCUCAAACACAUACACAUGCUCUGUCCCAUAAAAAUGGCUGUGUAGACUGAAACAGUAAAACUUCUCUAGGUGGUCUCUAGGUGGGGUCCCCUGCAUAUCACUGCCCUUACCCGUAUCUUUUGCCAUGCACUGUGCCAGUGACAGCACAUUGCACACUUUUAAAAACACCCCCUGCUGUAGAUCUCUUUUGUUUGGAUAACAUUUUCUAUUUUUUCUUUCUCCUGUAUUAACAGUCAGUUGGUGGAUUUAUUGAAAUGCCUACCUUUUCUGUUUGUAUACAGUAUUAUGUUUAUUUAAAAGCAAAGAGACAUUUGUAUUUUUAAGAACUAGAGAAGCUAGCAGAAUUGCAGUUGAAAGCGUUUGGCCGGUUUCUUACGUUGUGUCACGUGUGACUGUUUUUUUGACAGCCCAGUAUUUUAAAGCCAGGUUCGUAUGGAAAUGCCUUCACUCCACUUGCACUGCUGUUGGACUCGCCGUCGUUGCUUUCAUCCGUCUGUCUGUCUAUUCUUUUGGUGCACUCAUCUGUUGUUCAACACUCAGUCGACACCUCAUCUCCGCCUUCUAACCUGUGCUGAGACAAUUCUGACCUGACCUUUACAGUUGCAACUGUUGCCUCAUCCAACUUGCCUUUCCUGGGUUUAGUUUGUUUUAAAUCUCUAAUAAAAAUGUUGAUAAAAUACAAAGGGAAGUGGGAAGGUUUUUAAUUCAAGGUCAGGCUAAAAUGCUCUGAGGUUGCAGAGGUUUGCAUUUCACUAUGUCGCCCUUGGUCCUUUGACUUGCAUAAUAAACAAAUCAGCUACUAGGAAUCGGGUAGACUCAAAGCAAGUGAAUUUCCCAGCAGCUUGUUUAAGGUACAUUUUGUUUUCUCACUUCCUUCAAGCCUCAUAGAUCAGCUAAUUCCCCAAAUCGAUAAAGCUCGUGUGUAGAAUGCUGUUGCACCAUAAUACUGCAGCAGAGGACAGAAGCAGGCCCAAUGUCAGCGGCAGGAGUGGCGUUCACUGCAGCAAACUCUGCAGUGUUUCUCUACACAAUGCAGUCAGGAGACACUAGGCUAAAAGGAGUGCACUUUACCGGUCGCACAGCCUCUAAUUCUGUGCAUCUUAUAAUAUAGUAAGAACCUGCGAGGUAGGAACAAGCCAUAUAGUGAUUUGCAGGAUCUGCUAGUGUAGUCUUCAGUGUCCCAAUUUAUGAGUUGAUUCAGGCAGGUUGUUUCCAGUUGUUUUUCUGCCAUUUGAGGCCCAGCACAGAUUCCUGUCUUAUCUCAUCCCACUGUGGAAAAGAUUUAACAAACAGAGUAAACAUAGCUCGUACAUGCAUGUAAUAGAGGGGGAAUAGUCCAGAUCCCAACAGAAACAGGAAGUGAAGAACUUCAACCUCUCUCUUGAGUAUUCGAGGCAAAUGUCAACCAGAUGAUUUGAAUAUAUUUAAUCCAGUAGUCGUGAUGCUGAAGUGACAUUUGCCAUAUUUACAACUGACAUAUUUUGUUAUGUGCAGAAUGCGAAAUAGGGCAAAGGAAAGCAACAGUUUGCUCUGCAAUGCCAAAAACUGUGAUUUAAAAGAAACAAGGAUUAAGCCAAACGUAUACCAGUUGCGACCUUGUGGGCGGAGAUGCAGUGUGUGUGCUGUGUGUGUGAGACUUCCACUCCCCUUCACAUGCACUAACCCAUACACACCCAACUCACCUCCACCACCCUAGAAACUCACCCUCAUCAUGGCUCAGCCUGCUCUGUUCUGCCCCUUUAUCCCGACCUCCUCUUUUGUCAAAGAGAACUAAUUGAGCCCUGUUGAGCCAUCACCUUCCUCUCUGUGCCUGAUCCACCUGAUACUAACACACUUGGAGUUUUGUUAACCCGUCCUCCACCCCCAGCCCGCCCCACCCCUCUGUAUGUGUACCAUUCACAGUGCACUACUAACACCGACGAUCCUUUUUGUUAAAACACUUUAACAAAAAGCUGCAUGCUGGUUUUUUUUCCUGUUUUGUUCCAACCCCCUUCACUUUCUGUUUGUGAAAGUUGAUGUCAACCUCUUUGUGAUUAUAAAUAUCCUUUUUGUUUGGUUUGUAUGUUUUUGGUAGAAUGCAGCACUCUGGUGAAUGUUAGACAAGCUUGGAAUAGUUAUAAUCACAACAGAAAAAACACUGCUUAUUAAGAAAUCUCAUUGUUUCCUGUUUAUUUGUGCUUGAGGAUGUAUUGUAGUGUGUAGUGGUGGGACAGUCUUGCAUUUCACUUAAUGUUUUUGUUUUCUUGCUGACCCAUACUAGUGAUAUAACGGUCUCCGACAUGCACAUUUGGCCCCACGGUGUACUAGGAAUUCCUGUUGUGUAGGUUCUUGCACUCUUUUCUGGACUCUUUGGUUUGUUCUCAAUUGCCUGAUCUUGUCCACAUUGUUCAUCAUGUGCUGUUUGUCAUAGCGAUCAUUGGUAUUAAAAGAAAAGCAGAAAAAAAAUACUUUAAAGUAGAUGGCCUCAAAGCAGUUGCACAUUUUUUUGGGUCUGCUAGGAUGAACUCAUUGUAAGUACAUUUAUGGAAACUAAUCAGAAAAGACCAUCUAGUCUGUAAAUUUUUUUUUUUUGUAAAUUCUGAAUAGCAAUGUUGUCUAUGAUCAAAUUAGGGACAUUCUUACUGCAGACACUCUUGUCUCACAGUUGUUUAAAAGUGUAAACAUGACUGAGACCUGACAAUUGACAACAUACCAGAAAUGCUGGAGGUGUCCAAAAACAUGCACAGCAGCUAUUUUUAGUAUAUCUGAUGGGGCUACAUGCACACAAUGUGUCCCUCUCUUCACCUGCACACCCACAUAUCCCCUCACACGUGCAUAUUCUGUCCACCCUGGGCCUUGUAAUGGUAAUCCAAGGCCCACUAGCUCCACUUCUGUCUCUUUCUCUUGCUAUAUUAUUUGUGACAGCUACAUUAUGUUUCAUGGUGCUCCCCUUGUCAUGGUUACGGAAUCACAGCAAGCUUGGAGUUUCUGGUCUUCGUUUUGUUAAUGCUAGAUUUCCAUACCUGUUCUGUGUCACUUUUCUUUGUGUACUAAGAUCUUGCUCUGUAGUGGUUCAUAUAUGUAUGCGUGUGAUACAUAUAUUGCCCUCUCCUUACUCCUCCUCCUCUUAACUUCUCAGUUAGUGGAUGUGACUUGAUGUGUUAUCUUUAUCAUCCAAAAAAGAGAAAUGCUCAUGCCCAAUUUCUUUGCCUGAAAAAUGUUUUAUUUUUUUAAUUGCACUCCUACUGUAGGAGGAUAUCUUGUAGCUUACAGGCUACAUACAGCCUCAUGUAUUCAUCAUAGUGAAAAUCCUACCCUUCCUCUCAGUUUCCCACCCUUUAUCCCCCCCUCCCUUCCCCUCAGCCGCCCUUACCACUCCUUGUGCUGGAAGACACUGAUUGUUACACGCUGUAGGUGAUGACGAUAAUGACAAUGGUGAUGGUGGUGGUGGUUGUGCUGAUGAUGAUAGCGUGAUCUGAGUGUUUUUAUUUUAUUUUGUUUGUUUGUGUUCUCACCCGUGCCCACGGGGUAAAGCUCCUCUUAUUAUUGGAAUAUUUUUGGUUUUUUUCUCCUCUGUUCUCUCUGCUAGGAUAACAUCGGGCACCGGCUGCUUCAGAAACAUGGCUGGAAGUUGGGGCAAGGCCUUGGCAAAACCAUGCAGGCGAUUUGAUCCUGCCCAUGUUGUGCUGAUGGUAAACUUAGUGGACGCACCGACCCUGUGCCCAUUAUCCUUAAAUAUGAUGUCAUGGGGAUGGGACGCAUGGAAAUGGAGCUGGACUAUGCAGAGGAUGCCACAGAAAAGAGGAGAGUGCUUGAAGUGGAAAAAGAGGACACAGAAGAACUGCGGCAAAAAUACAAGGACCAGAUGGAAAAGGAGAAAGCCAUUGCCAAGGCUCUGGAAGACCUGAGAGCCAAUUUCUACUGUGAGCUUUGUGACAAACAGUACACUAAGCACCAGGAGUUUGACAACCACAUUAACUCUUAUGACCAUGCUCAUAAGCAGAGGCUUAAAGAGCUGAAACAGAGAGAGUUUGCUCGUAAUGUGUCGUCUCGUUCACGGAAAGACGGAAAGAAGCAGGAAAAGAUGCUGCGCCGAUUGCACGAACUGGCUGAGCAGAGGAAACAACAAGACCGGACUCCUGGAAGUGGACCCAUGUUUAAAACAACCACAGUGGCCGUGGAUGGAGAGAAAGCAGAGGAUGGUGACAGCAUGAUGCCUGAGAGCCUUGGCUUGACAGACGGUGCCCUGGAAGGAUCGCUACCAGAAAAAACUGGUCAGGCGUCCCCAAAGCCUGGCCCAACUAUCAGCUUCUCUCUGGGGAAGAACACCUCCUCAUCUCCAACCCCGAGCAGUGCAUCUAAAGUCAGUGUAUCCUUCUCAUUCGCCAAGAAAGCUCCGGUGAAGCUAGAGACAGCAGCUGCCGUGUUUGCUGAUCACGGUGAGGAGGCUAUGGAGGAAGAGGAGGGCCAGGAAGGAGAAAAGGCUGUUGGACAAGAUGAGACAUCUGGCUGCAGCACAGAUAGCCCUAAGGAAGCAUCUGGAGGAGGUGAAGUAGCAGAAGGGUGUGGUGUGGCAGGGACAGAAGAGGUGCAGCAGCCUGAUGAUGGAGGCUCCUUAGCUUCUACUCUCAACAAACUCAAGAUGAUGAUGAAAAAGGAGGAAGGAUAUGCUGGACAGGAGCCUCAGUACUACCACUAUGUUCCUCCUGCUCACUGUCGGGUAAAGCCUCACUUCCAGUUUUUGCUGUUCAUGAAAGCCACUGAACAGUGUCAGAGCAAAGACGACGAAGACGAGGAAGAGGUACAGGAGGAGAAACAGGCUGAAGAAAGUUCUGAACAGACAGAGACAAAUGAUGCAGAGUGUAAAACUGAAAAAGAAAAAGAUAAUGUCGCUUCAACUGCUGAUCCAGAGCCAACUGCUCCAUCACCUAAAGUGAAGACAGAGGAGGAAGCAUCUUCAUGUGCAACAGACACAACUUCCACUGUACCCAUUUCACCUACUCAGAAUGCAGAAUGCACACAAGAUACUGUGGAAUCAAACACCGGUCCGAAAAUCCCCUCUGGUCCCUUCUUUCCAGUCCUGAGCAAAGAUGAGAGUACUACCCUGCAAUGGCCCUCUGAACUCCUUGAAUUUACAAAAGCUCAGCCCUCCCUGUCUUACAGCUGUAAUCCCCUCUACUUUGACUUCAAGCUGUCCCGUAACAAAGGAGUCCGUGGCGGGAAAUUGGCAAAGUCCCCAAAGCCUGGUGAAGAGUUUGAUGACAAGGGACAAGAGGUAGCAGCUUCACCAGCUGAAGUAGAUACGGCUGCCAAACCUGGAACCAGCACUGACAAAGACAAGCCGAUAAUGAAGGGAGAGCCUGGCCAGUCGGAAGGUGAUGAGCAAAAGCCCACAACUGGCAGCAGUAGUGCAAAGAAAAAAAAGAAAAAGAAGAAGCAUAAGAAGUCUGCAAAGCACUCAAAACGCAAAGGAAAAGAAAAAGGAGCAGCAGAAGAUGCAGAAGGAGAAACUGAGGAAAUACAAGAAAAGCCCAAAAAGAAGAAAAAACAUAAACGGAAGAAGAGCAAAAACAAGGCUCCUGACCAAGACGAGGCAACAGGUGAUGAAAAGGAAAAAGCUAAACCAAAGUCAGAAGAUAAAGCUGUUGCCUCUUCUGUUCAGCUGACAACUGGAGGAGGAGGAGCGGCAGGAAAUACAGGAGCAGAACUGGGGAAGAGGAAACGUGCUGCUAAGGAAGUGCCUUCCAAGUCUGGAGUGGAGGACGGAGGAACCGGAAAAAGUACAGACAAGGCCAACUCCUCAGAGGAGCACAGUGGCACCAAGAGACAAAAGACUGACUCCAGUGCCUCUCAAAGUGCCUCCUGCUCCACCUCAGCCCAAAAAAGUCCUGGACCUGGUAGACCUCCCAGCAGUGAGAGUGAAGAAGAAGGGGGCUCUAAUACACAGCGCUCACGUCAUCACAGGUCAAGCCCGCGGGAACAGCGGCGCCACCAUAGUGAAGAAUCUGGUCGGUCCUGCAGCCGCUCAUCAAGGCGGGGGGAUAGACGGGGCAGCAGCCGUCGGCGCCAUCGAGGCCAAACCUCCCGUAGUCGCUCUUAUUCCAGCAGCUCUGAGCGCUCCUCAGCGGGAAGUAGUGCCUACAGCCACCGUAGCCACAGCUACUCUGACAGCUACAGUGACUACAGCACAGAAGCUCGCAGACGAAGGCACUCCAAACGCUCAUCAGACUCUGAAUAUGAGCGGAGGGGCAGCCGGGGACGAAGGCGAUCCAGGAGACAUCAGUACUCCUCUUCUUCCUCAGAAGAUUCUCGCUCACGUUCACGCAGCUACAGCCGCAGGAAAAGGCACCGGCGGCAUCAUCGGAGCAGCUCAAGAAGCUCCAGCAGUUGGAGUCGCAGCACCAGUGCAAGAUCCUGGAGACGAAGCUACAGUCGUAGCCACAGUUCUGCGAGUCGGUCAUCCAGUUCAAACAAAGGUUCCCCUCACAGACGAGGUGCCAGGGGGAGAGGGGACAGUGACACACAUCGCAGAGACUUCAACCGCUCUCGCAUCUACCGCUCCCAGUCUCCACGUUCAUCUUCAUCGCGAGGCCUUAACCGCAACACCCAUUCGUCCAGCUCUCUGGCCUUGAGGCCAGGGGGGUCUCGAGAUGCAGGGGAACAGAAAAACACCCUCACCGCACGCCAGCUGCUGGAGAAGGUUCAGUCUAAAAAAAGCUCUGAUGAUUCUACCACAGGAACAAAAUCUGGAAUUAAGAUUAAGGAUCCACCACAGGGAUAUUUUGGUCCCAAACUACCACCAACCCUGGGAAACAAAGCCAUGCUGCCACUUUUUGGUAAACUGCAGGUAGGGAAGAAACCAGUGAUACCCCUAACCAGACCUGAUGAGGGAGAAAAAUCAGGGGUAGGGAAAGGCUCUGAAGCUGAUGGAGAGGUUAUCCUGGUAGAACCCAUAAGGGAGUUCCCUCCACCACCACCACCUCCAGCUCCACCAAUCCAGAAGGUUGAGGAGGCCCCACAGAGCACAGUGAUUCAAGAAGAGACGCAGCACCCCACUGCAGAAGAGCAGGUGCACCAAGAACCCCGACCAUUGUUUGAACAGGAGCCCUCCAUGAUGAUGCCCCAGUACCAAGGAGAAUCGGGUCAGGAGCCUUCCCAGAACCCCAUGAUGGAGUCACUCAUGCCUGAAAUGCAGCAGCAGCAGCCUCCAAUGCAUGCUUACCCUGGUUACCCCCCACCCAAUCUGGAGGAGGAUGGCAUGGAGGCAGAGGAGGAUGGGCUGGCUCCUUUGGAAAGUCAGCCUAUUACAUUCACACCAGAGGAGAUGGAGAAAUACAGUAAGCUGCAACAGGCUGCACAACAGCACAUUCAGCAGCAGCUACUGGCCAAGCAAGUCAAGACAUUUCCAUCAGCUGCUGCGGCCGCAGCCGCUGCUGCAGCAGCUGCCAACUUAGCCCCAGUACCUCCUCCACCAGCCCUGCAGCAGAUCCACAUUCAGCAGCCAACUGUGUCGGUAGCUUCCGGCACAUCAAUCACCACAGUGCAACACGCCAUUCUGCAGCACCAUGCAGCCACCGCUGCAGCAAUGGGCAUCCACCCAGCACAUCCCCACCACCCACAUCCUGCACAUGCCCAGCUGGCCCAGGUACAUCACAUUCCCCAGCACCACCUUACCCCCAUUUCACUGUCUCCUUUGGGCCCCUCCCUCGGUCAUUCUCUGGGACACUCUCUUGGACACGCUGGGCUGAUUCCUGCCCACCCGACAGCCUUCCUCUCUGGUCAGCCUAUACAUAUUAUCCCUGCUUCUGCACUUCACCACACCCCAUUAGCUCUUCACCAUGUCCCUCAUACAGCCCUCUACCCCACACUUUUCACACCCCGGCCCUCCCAAGCUGCUGCAGCAGCAGCUCUCCAGCUCCACCCACUUCUACACCCGAUCUUCUCAGGGCAGGACCUCCAGCACCCACCUAACCAUGGCUCCUGAGUAAUGAUGGAAAUGAACUAGUAUAUUCACAGCACCCAGUCACUGGAAGAAAGACUCAACCUGAACUGCCUUGGUUUAAGGUUUCAGAUGAAAUCUUUGCAACAACAUGCAGGCAGAGAGACAGGAAUCUUGUCAAUUAAACCACCAUUUUACUGGCCUACACAGUGCAGCAAGUUGUAGCCACAAAGUGGUGCAGCCUGUGUCGGGUACAAUAUUGACACUAACGUUUUUUUCUGGUUUAUGUGGGAUUGUUUUUUUUUUUUUAACGUUUUCCCUGAAAUUUUGAGACAGGCUGUAGAGUUAAAGAGACUUUCUCUUGACAUUGGCUUAUACUCCAACUUGGGGUGGAUUAACAGCCUGAGAAGUCUGAGAAACCACUGGAGUUUAUUUGUUUUCCACAUAAAAAUGUUAUUGUCACAGUUUUUGCUCAUUUUGGCAGCCAAAGAGACACAUAAUGGCUAAUUAAUAUAAGCAGAAUCAAAUUAGGAGAGGAGGAAGAAUUCAUAUUGUUCUAGAGAUCUGCUUCACUUAUGUAAUCUAACUUUCAGAGAUGGACUGUUUCAUAAUUACUGAUACUGUUUAUGUUCUCAUAUGACUACUUGCUCUCUAUUGGACUCAACAUGAUUUGUAAUGCAGUAACUUGUACAUAUAUCAGUGUGUAAUGUGAAGAAUCCCACUAGCGAUGAACAUCUGAAAUGACAACUACAGCGUCCGAUCCCUUAUACUCUGAGACAAAGCUCAUGUUCCCUGUGGUGAGGGUACGUCUGAAAGAAUUGCACUGAAAUCUGUACAUCGAGAUGGUGCUAUUGCAUCAUGUAACAAUAAGAUUGUAGUAUACUGCAAUAAUUGUAUUUUUCUGUUUUUAAAUUAUUUUCCAAAUGCUCUUCAGAAGAA